AUGACGCGACGAGACCACGUGACUCACGCGGAACCGAAGCUGCCGUCAAAUAUGCGCCGGCUUGCUGCCGACCAUGCCGCCCUCCACCGCAAUCUUCCGCCGUACUACCUGCAGCCAUCGGACGGCGAUGAUCUGUCACAGCUCACUAUUCUUCUCGCUGGCCCGCCUGGCACGCCUUUCGCACAAGGGUUAUGGAAAAUCCACUUGAAAUUGCCCGAUGAUUAUCCAAAGAGCCCACCAAAGGCAACUUUCAAGACAAGGAUAUGGCACCCGAACAUGGAAGAGCUUACCGGCGCAGUCUGUGUCGAUACCCUCAAGCGGGACUGGCAGCCCAACCUAACACUGCGCGAUGUGUUGGUCACAAUAUCAUGUCUUCUCAUCUACCCUAAUCCAGACUCUGCCCUUAAUGCCUCUGCAGGUGCCCUUAUGCAAGAAAACUAUGCCACCUUCGCACACCAAGCCAAGCUCAUGACGUCCAUUCAUGCCCCAAUCCCUCUCGACCUCAAAAGUGCAGUCACCGAAGCAAAACUCCGAGGCGAGGAGGCAGGAACAGUACUUGACGAACAAUCAGAUAAUACAUCCAUCCAGCGCCCACAAAAGCACAAGCGCACCCGCCCCGCGGUAAAGAAACCAACUCGCAAGACGCCAUCAGAAAUUCCUUCGCAAUCCUCAUCUCGCCCCUUCGCUCAACCCACCCCACCAAUGUCCGACGACAUGAUGAGCGAGGACGAAAUCGACCCCGCGAGUGCAAGCAAAGAAAACAACCCUUCUCUCUCCCCCUCGCCAGUCACCCUCGCACCACCAAGUCCCCGCAAAACAGCUCUUGGCAAACGACCUCUCUCCGUCCUCUCAAUUCCCUACCCAGAAGAAGAAGCAGACAUGAUGCUCAUUGACGAGUCCGACACCGACACCCCCAUGACCUCCAACGAGCAAAACAUAUCAGCAAACACCCGCUCCCGAACCUCCUCCCCCCUUCGCAAAACCCCCAAGCUGUCCCUCCUCUGCGGCGGAGUAAACGCCUCAGGCCGAUUCCGCGAUGAAAUGCCCAUCUUCGAAGAUGUCCCCCAACUACCAAUAGCCGACCCCCUCCGUCACCUCAGCGGCGAUGGCAAAGAGAACCAUGUCUCUGCCACCGCGCGCAAAGAAAAGCGCAGCCUGAGCCCGUCAAAGACACUUGGCACGACUCCUCAUUCUCCGGCACAUACCAACCCACCCACGCCAUCUCUGUCUUCCUUCUCGGACGUUCCUUCUAGAGUCACAAAGAAAAAAUCAACGGGCGUGCACAAACGCCCUGCUUUCAAAGCGAAGCCGCGAAUCGGAAUCCGCAGACUUUGA